AUGCCAUGCCACAAAGAAACGUCACAAAAUAAAAACUGUCAUUAUAACAUAAUCCACACAAUUAAAAACCAACUAAAAAAACAAAAGACCACACUCCACUCCACCGCAAUGUCUGAACAAGCCAACGUCGAUACUGCCGAAAUGAUCACAGUCUACAUCUCGAACCUGCCCUUCUCCGCCAGCGAGCGCGACCUGCACGCCUUUUUGAGUGACUACGGCGCCACCUCGGUGCUGAUCCCCACACAGACCGUGCGCAGGUUCAGCAAGAAACGCACCGACAAGCCCCGCAAGCCCCUGGGCAUUGCAUUUGCCCAGUUCGCAAACGCCACCCUAGCCUCGAAGGCCAUCCAAGACCUGAACGGAACCACCUUCCAGAACCAGAAACUGUUUCUGAAACUGCAUGUCCCUUACGAGGCAGAACCCUCCCCGCUACCAGAGACCAAAAAGUCCAAGGACAAGAAGAAGAAGAACGGGAAGGAGGCCCCGGAAACUGCCCCGGACACGGUCUACUGCCACGAUUUGCCUGACGACGUUACUGACAGCGAGAUCCGCGAGCUGUUCCAGCUUUACUCCCCGCAGGAGAUCUGGAUUUACAGGUCCAAGGUGUACAAGAAGAGAUGCAUUCCCUUGGCGCCUCACCAGAUCACCGCCGCUCUGGUCACUUUGCAAUCUGACAAAAACAUCGUAGACAUCUGCGACGACGUGGGCAAGGCUGCUGCCCUGAGGGGCAAACCAGUGAUUGUGAAGCCCGCUUUCGUCUCCAAGAUUCAAGAAAUCAAGCAAUUGGUCAAGGACAACCUCACCAACGCACGCGACCCACCACCUCCGGCGGCACCAGCGGCACCAGCGGCACUAGUACAAGAAGUGCAAAAUAACGAUGCAGGUUCUGGCGGGAUUCCACCACCUCCCCCUUCUUCUUCGGGCGCCCCCGCCCUGGCUGCUGCUUAA